AUUUACGUACAAGUUCAUGGACUUUGGUGUCAGUCGCUAGCGGUCGCAACACAAGUGCAGUCAUGUCGUCUAAAGUGGCCGUGGUGACCGGAGCCAACAAGGGCAUAGGGUUCAGCAUCGUCAAAGGCUUGUGCCAGAGGUUCGAUGGUGUCGUGUACCUUACGUCGAGAGACGAGGGCCGAGGGCGCGCCGCUGUCGCCGAGCUCAACAAGCUCGGCAUGAAGCCCGAGUACCAUCAGCUCGACGUGACGGACCGGCCCAGCGUGGCGCGGUUCGCCGACCACCUGCGCCAGCGCCACGGCGGUCUCGACCUGCUCGUCAACAACGCCGCCGUUGCCAAUAGUGUCGAUCUAUACAACUCCUACGAAGAGAACGAAGAAAUUGUCCGAAUAAACUACAAGAGUAUUCUCUUGAUCCAGGAACUAAUCUUCCCGCUGGUCCGAGACAACGGGAGGAUCGUCAAUAUCUCGAGCGACUGUGGACAUCUCUCCAACGUAAAGAAUAAGUAUUGGAUCGAAAGACUAUCCGGUAAAAAUUUAACAAUGGAGGACAUCAACGAAUUUGUUGAGUGGUUCCUCGACAGCUGCAAAAACGGAACAUUCAAGAGAGAGGAUAUUGCAGACGAGGGGACUGUCGCGGCGUACAGGGUGGCGAAGGUGGCUCUCAGCGCUGCGACUAUAUUGCAGCAAAAGGAGCUCAAGACGAGAAACAUUUCUGUGAAUUCGCUGCACCCCGGCUUAGUGCGCACCGACAUGACUUGCGGGGUGGGGUUCUACAGCGCAGACGAGGCCGCCGAGACACCGCUCUACCUGCUGCUAGAAGCGCCCGCGACCCUUCAGGGAGCUUACAUUUGGUACGACAGAAAAGUUCUGGAUUGGUACGACUACAAGGCAGACUAUUAUUUUAAAACAUCCACCCUUAAAUCCUAAGCUUUUUUAU